AUGGCCACCAACCUGAAAAUGAUCCCAAUCAUCUGGAAGUUCCCCAAAACCAACAUCUUCGAGUGCAUGGUGUUGCACUACUUUUUCCUGAAAAUCAACGGCUACGCUUGCUUCACCAUCGUCGGAGCAAUCGAAACGGGCAAAACCCGCACGACCCUGUUCGACCGGGUGCUGUUUCUAUUCUUCUUCCUGCUGACCCUGCUCCUGCUCGUCGGCAGUGUCUGCUUCGUCAAGGAUGAAGCCAACAUUUCACCGCUGAUGGUCGUCGGAAGCAAAAUGAUGUGGUUUACGUGCUACUGCUCGACGCUGUUCGGAAUCGUGUGGAACUUUGUCAAUCGGGGUAAAGUUUGGUCGCUCUACACCCGGGUGUACAACGUGGAUCAACUGCUGCUGUCACUUGGAGCCAAAAUGCAUUACACCGGAACGUAUCUAGCUAUGAUAGCGUUCUCCGUGUUAGCGUUAACUUUUCUGUCUGUGCUAAUUGUUGGACACUUCUGGGGAACAGAGUUGAAAUUGUUGACCUUUCUUACGUUCGGCUAUUCGAACAUAAGCCUAACGAUGUUGAUGACAAUUUACUGCAUCGCUGGUAGUUUGAUUACAUUCCGGUUGACGGUAUUGAACAAAUUGUUGGAAAAUAACAUGAUUCAAUCGGAUGGGAAGAAAAUUGUGCAAGUCGCUGAGAAAGACCCCAUCAGAACAGUUCAAAAAUACAUGCAAAUCUAUGACCAGUUGUGCGAUUUAACGGAAAUCGUCAACUUUUGCUACAGCGGUCAGGUGAUGAUUGCAAUAGCCGGUUCUUUUGUAUACUUGUUGUUCUUUUCAUUCGGCGUUGUGUUGUACAUCAAACGAAACAACCCACUGCUCGAUUUUCCAUCUUCUACGGUAUUAUGGUGUGUGUUUUAUUUGUGCAUUAUACUCUCCAUAGUGUUCAACGGAAGCUUUUUGAGCAAAGAGGGCAAGUACACAUCAAAUUUGAUCGACCAGGCAAUCAUUUCGACGAAUAAUUCCGAAGUAACCGAAAUGCUGCGCCUGUUUCUGAUGCAACUGGGUCACAGAUUACCGACGUUAACGUGCGGAUUAUUUCCGUUCGAUUGGACUCUCGUUUAUUCGGUUAGUUACAUCGCUAUGUUUCUGUGCAAGCAUGUAUGCAUGUAG